AUGAAUCCAUGGCAGCAUGAUUCGUCGACCACCCCAUACCGGCAAACCCAGCAAGUUCAGCAAAUCCAGCAAAAUCAGCAUACUCAGCAUGCCCAGCAGAACCAGCAUCACCAGGAAGACGGCUUCAACCCCGGAUACUAUGCCGGCGGUCUCAGUUAUCCACCCUAUCGGUAUCUGCCUCCGGUGGGAAUGUUGCACGUCAAUCCCAACCGGAAGGACAUCUCGGAUGCGCUCCCGAUCAAUAUAGAACACACAAAUUCUGAAGCGAUGAAGCAUACUGUUGCUUGUGGUCGGUGCCUCAAACUGAGGAAAGACCAUCCCGCCGAUCAGCAGCCGAUGUACAGAUGCCGAGAUGAAUGUGGAUAUUGUGGUGGCAACCACGAGGUUGGCAGUGCUUGUCCUUUUCUUUACGCAACCCAUAAGUGGUUGAAGCUACGCGUAAGGACUACUGACCACCCGGAACUGCCGUCCUACAUGAGUAUCUGCCCGUCGGAAGACGAUGAAGUAAAACUUCAAGGGCUUGGAUACAUCUACCCGGGCGCUAAGUAUGAUCCUGAAGGUGUUCCCAUGUUUACCCCGGAAGCUUGGGCAAUGCGAGACCAUACGCUGCCAAGGUCGCAAUCAUCCACCACCAUCCACAAUCCAGCUUCUGGUGAGAUGAAACGCCCUGCUCUGAUGGGUCCGCAAGGCUCCGGUAGCAAGCAGCGCCCACCGAGACAUCAGCAACAGCACAGGUCACAGCAAUCUCCGCAUUUCAAGGAGCCCUUCCCUCGUCGUGAUAACUAUCGCGGUCGAGAAGAUUACCCUCGUCGUGAAGAAUAUUCUCGACGUGAUAAUUACCCUCGUCGUGAUGACUAUCGCGGUCGAGAAGAUUACCCUCGUCGUGAAGAAUAUUCUCGACGUGAUGAUUACCCUCGUCGUGAUGACUAUCGCGGUCGAGCAGAAUACCCUCGUCGUGAAGAAUAUUCUCGACGUGAUGACUAUUACCACUCACCGCGCUUGAUCACAGAUUGGCGGGAGCGUUCACCUCCGCAGACAUCCUCAUAUGGACGGGGCUAUCGCUCUCCUCCUCCUCGAGCAGCAGGACCAUUGCCUCCUGCGCCGCGCACUGCAUAUGAGAUGCAACCACCAGGAGGCGAUCGAGAUGGUUUCUUCCGCGGUCAGCCACCCAAAGUCAAGGUCGAGAGUGACGAUGGCGUGGUGAUUAAGGUAGAAGAACUUGAAUAG